AUUGGUUUUGAAAAAUGAGUUUGGAUAUUUUACCUUACGAUUGUUUUGCACAUAUUCUUUCAUUUACUUCACCGGUUGAUGCAUGUCAAAUUUCGAUUGUUUCUUCGUCAAUUCGAGUUUCGGCUGAUUCGGAUAUUGUUUGGGAGAAAUUUUUACCAUCGGAUCAUCGAGAAAUCCUCUCGAAACUACGACAUCCUUUGAUUUAUUCAUCCAAGAAAGAGUUAUUCCUCAAAUUAUGUAAUCCACAUCUAUUUGACAGAGGUAACAAGACGUUUUCAUUAGAGAAGACAACAGGUAAAAAACGUUACAUGUUGAGUGCAAGGGAGUUGGACAUUACAUGGGCCGACAACCCUCUCUUCUGGUCCUGGAAACCUUUCCCAACAUCAAGAUUCCAUGAAGUUGCAGAACUCAGAACCACAUGGUGGCUUGAAAUUCAAGGCAAGAUCAAUUCUCGUAUGCUGUCUCCGACAACAACCUACGAGCCUUAUCUUAUCGUGAAGUUCGUCGACCGAGCAUACGGGUUAGAUUUUUUGCCAUCAGAAGUUUCUGUCGAAGUCGGGAAUGUGAAAUCAGAAGGUAACGUUUAUCUCCGACAGUACGACAGUAAGAAGCAAUGCUUAGAUUCGAACCGGAUCGAAUCAGUUGCAAGAUCAAUGGAGUGUAGAGGGAUAAUGGAAGAAAGGGUUGGUUGCAAACGUGAAGAUGGAUGGACUGAAAUUGAAUUGGGGAGCUUUUACAAUCACGGUGGUGAUGAUUUGGAAGUGAAGAUGUCAUUAAAGGAAGUCAAUGGAACCCACCUUAAAGGAGGGCUAGUUGUUGAAGGGAUUGAGCUUAGGCCGAAGCAGUGCUGAACUUUGUUUUUAUAAAGGGGAGGGGA